CUUCCUCCUCAAAACAAACAGACGCCCCCUCCCGCAUCCGCCAAAAAAAAAAAAAGACAUCCCGCCCCCACAAAUCCCAAAAGUCCCCGGCGGCGGCGGCGAUGGACCUCUCCUCGGCGGGCUCCGGCGGCAACUCGCUGCCGUCGGUCGGCGCCGACGGGCAGAAGCGGCGCGUGUGCUACUUCUACGACCCGGAGGUGGGCAACUACUACUACGGGCAGGGCCACCCGAUGAAGCCGCACCGCAUCCGGAUGACGCACUCGCUGCUCGCCCGCUACGGCCUCCUCAACCAGAUGCAGGUCUACCGCCCCAACCCCGCCCGCGACCGCGACCUCUGCCGCUUUCACGCCGACGACUACAUCAACUUCCUCCGCUCCGUCACGCCCGAGACGCAGCAGGACCAGAUCCGCCUCCUCAAGCGAUUCAACGUCGGCGAGGACUGCCCCGUCUUCGACGGCCUCUACAGCUUCUGCCAGACGUACGCCGGCGCCUCCGUCGGGGGGGCCGUCAAGCUCAACCACGGCCACGACAUCGCUAUCAACUGGUCGGGGGGCCUGCACCACGCCAAGAAGUGCGAGGCGUCCGGCUUCUGCUACGUCAACGACAUCGUGCUCGCCAUACUCGAGCUCCUCAAGCACCACGAGAGAGUUCUGUAUGUUGAUAUUGAUAUCCACCAUGGAGACGGAGUCGAGGAGGCUUUCUACACAACAGACAGGGUUAUGACUGUCUCGUUCCACAAGUUUGGGGAUUAUUUCCCAGGAACAGGGGAUAUCCGUGACAUCGGGCACUCAAAGGGGAAGUACUACUCUCUGAAUGUCCCGCUUGAUGAUGGGAUUGAUGAUGAAAGCUAUCAGUCCCUGUUCAAGCCAAUCAUGGGCAAGGUUAUGGAGGUUUUCCGCCCUGGCGCAGUUGUGCUUCAGUGCGGUGCUGAUUCCUUGUCUGGGGAUAGGCUUGGCUGCUUCAAUCUCUCUAUCAGAGGUCAUGCAGAAUGUGUCAAGUACAUGAGGUCUUUCAACGUUCCAUUGUUGCUUCUCGGUGGUGGUGGAUAUACCAUAAGAAAUGUUGCACGGUGCUGGUGUUAUGAGACGGGAGUUGCUCUUGGUCAAGAGCUGGAAGACAAGAUGCCUGUCAACGAGUAUUAUGAAUACUUCGGUCCAGAUUACACUCUUCAUGUUGCACCAAGUAACAUGGAGAACAAAAAUACACGAAACCAACUGGAUGAUAUUAGAAGCAAACUUCUGGAUAAUCUUUCAAAACUUCGACAUGCUCCUAGCGUCCAGUUUCAAGAGCGGCCUCCUGACACUGAGUUACCUGAGCCAGAUGAAGAUCAAGCGGAUCCAGAUGAAAGGCAUGAUCCAGAUUCUGACAUGGAAGUGGAUGAUCACAAGGCUGUGGAAGAGUCAACAAGGAGGAGCAGCAUUCUAGGUAUUAGAGUUAAGAGAGAAUUUGGUGAAAAUGAGACCAAAAUUCAGGAUGGUAGCAGGGUUACAUCUGAACAUAGAGGACUGGAACCCAUGGUAGAAGACAUUGGUCCCUCCAAGCAAGCUCCUGCGGAUGCUAAUGCGAUGGCCAUCGACGAGCCAGGCAACGUCAAGAAUGAACCAGAGAGCUCAACUAAAUUACCAGACCAACCAGCCAUGUACCAUAAGCCAUGACUGCGACAUCUGAACUUGCCAGUCCAAAAACCAAAGUGAUUCGACAAUGCAGCCUGCCAUUUCAAAUUCGAUUUGAGUUAUAGUCAUCUGUAAUCAGUUAAUCCCAUGGGAGUAUUCCAUGGCAGUAGUGAAGUUCUGCGAGUCCACCGGGCAAUGCUUGAGGUUGAGAUAGACGAUAGUCUGACCCAUGUAUACAUGAUGUGCGAGUUAAAGUUGUACAGUCGUUAGUCAAUGCAAAUAUGCAAUGAAUUGUCGUUAAAUUUC